AUGGAUCUAUUGCGCCAAACAAAUACUCUCACCAAAAAGACGCUCAGAAUUAUCCUCCUUCGUCACUUCACAAGUACCAUCUACAGCGCCUUCGUUCUCCCUGUCAUCGCAUCGCUCUAUCUCGGUCUCGGUCAAAAAUUCAAUAACCCCAAUAACAAAUUCGGUAUUGGAACCCCUCAGGACAUAUUUUCCCUUGGCGAUGCCCUGGCCAAAGCCCAAGGCGGUCGCGAUACCGUUGCCUUUGUAAACACAGGCCAUUCUGGAGGGGAAAUUGAUCGCGUCAUUGUCUCCCUCAGCAAGACUGUUACAGACGCAGGAAAGAACGCGACCAAGAUUUCCAACGAAGACGAUCUUGGCUAUGUUUGCAAGAGCACUAUCCGUGGUACAUCCAAUUGCUAUGGCGCCGUUGUGUUUUACUCGUCUCCCAAUGAGGGCAGCGGCGGCAUCUGGAACUAUACCCUUCGUGCCGAUGCUGGUUUGGGACUCUACUUUAGGAACGACCACGAUGACAACGACCCAGAAGUCUAUACGCUUCCUCUGCAGCACGCCGUUGAUGCGGCCAUUGCUGGCGACUCGUUUCCAUCCAGGGUGCAACAAUACCCCUACACUCAGCAGACGGAGGAAGAGCGAGAAGCACAGGUGUUGCGUGAGUAUCAGAAGACGUUUAUCAACUACCUCAGUGUCGCGUUUGUCAUUGCCCUCAUCGGCGUCUGCUACCACAUGCCGGGAGUGAUUGCCACUGAGCGAGAGACGGGUAUUUCGCAACUCAUCGACGCCAUGAUGCCCGCCACCCGUGGUUGGCAUCGACAGUUUGUUCGACUUGUCUCUCACCAGAAUGCAUUCAUCAUGACGUAUCUACCUGGUUGGAUAAUUGCAUCCCUUGUCUGUCGUGCUCUUAUAUGGAAGAAUACCAGCGUCGGAAUCAUGAUCAUCUUCUUCAUCCUCAGUGGAUUCGCCAUCACAUCCAUGUCUCUCCUUGGAGCCUGUCUAUGGAGAAAAGCCCAGAUGUCUGGCGUCGUCACCGCAGUGGUAUGGAUCGCAUUGGGUAUCGUCGCGCAAGCUGUUCCAAAUCCAGGAACAGCCACAGUCGCCAUUCUCGGCUUGUUGUUUACUCCCUGCAACUUUGUCUACUUCAUCACCUACAUCGCGAGAUAUGAGCAGGACGGCCAGGGCGCCAAUUUGGCCAAAGCACACAAAGACAGUCCCUGGAAACUUCCCGGCAUAAUUCUAUGGGUGUUCCUUAUUUUGCAAUUCCUCGCCUAUCCCUUUAUCGCCGCGUUUUUGGAACGCACAUUGCAUGGUGUCACGACUGGCGUUCGCAGUGCAUCGUCGCCCGAGAAGGCCACUGCUCAAAACGGGGACGUCAUUCGCGUCGAGAACAUGACCAAGAUCUACCGCCCGGGCUUGUUGCGUCGAUUCUUCUCCUUUGUUUCCCCGCCACGACCCAAGGUCGUUGCCGUCGAUAAUCUUACCUUGACUGCGAAAAGGGGCCAGAUCUUGGCUUUGCUCGGUGCAAAUGGUAGCGGCAAGAGCACAACUCUGGAUAUCAUCGCUGGUAUUAGCAAUUUCACCACCGGCAAUGUUUCCAUCGACGCUAGGGGUGGCCUUGGAAUUGCGCCGCAAAAGAACGUGCUCUGGGAUGACCUCACAGUCGAAGAACACAUCAAGAUCUUUAAUCAGCUCAAGUCUCCUCACAAGUAUGCCAGCAAUGAAGAGACGGCAGCUCUGAUUAAAGCCAUUGGUCUGGCCCCAAAGACAAAGGCCAUGUCUAAAACUCUUUCAGGCGGACAGAAGCGCAAACUACAGUUGGGAAUGAUGUUGACUGGCGGCAGUGCCGUGUGCUGUGUUGACGAAGUUUCAUCCGGUAUCGAUCCGCUCUCCAGAAGAAAGAUUUGGGACAUUCUCCUGUCGGAGAGAGGAAAUAGGACCAUCGUUAUGACUACUCAUUUCUUGGACGAGGCUGAUUUGCUCGCCGAUAAUAUUGCUAUUCUGUCCAAGGGGAAGCUUCGAGCUGAAGGCUCGUCCGCGCAGCUCAAAGACAGCUUUGGCGCCGGAUAUCGGGUCCAUGUUCUCAAUGCAAGACACAUGAAACACGCUCCUGAAGUACCUGGGGUGCAACGCAAGGAACUAUCCAACACCAUCACCUACGUGGCGCCUUCAUCUAGACUUGCUGCAGAGGUCAUUCGCACUUUGGAACAAGCCCGGAUUCCGUAUCAAUUCUCUGGCCCCACAAUCGAGGACGUCUUCUUGAAUCUAGCCGACGAGGUGAGAGAGAACGAAGAAUUGAAUAAAAAGCACGAGGAGGCUCGCCAGCUUCCCACCAAGGAGAGGUCAUCGGACUCUGAAGAUGCCGUCAAACACGCCGGAGCCACUCAUCAGGGCCUCCUACCUGGCCGGCCCAUCAACUGGGCAAGUCAAAUCUUAGUCUUCCUUCGCAAGCGUCUCACAGUUCUCAAGACAAACUGGGUUCCCUAUGCCAUCGCGUUCCUUGUCCCUAUUGUUGCCGCCGCCAUAACACAAAUGCUUGUCAAGGGCAAGGGCCCCGUGGGAUGCAGUCCCAGGGAUUCGGGGUCCAGAGCAGAUUUCGAUGACUUGACCAAGUUUUACAAAUCCGCAAGCUUAGUCGGGGGACCGUCAUCCAAGUUCAACGCCAGUGUAGCGAAAGACCUCACCAAGUCCAUUGUUCCAGGUUCUGUCGAUGUUGGCAACUUCUCCUUCAAAUUGGUCGACUCCCUCUCGGAAAUGCAGUCGUACAUUGAGAGCAACCGACUUAAGGUAUCACCUGGUGGAUGGUGGCUGGGAGAUUCCGGAUCCGUUCCCACUAUCGCCUGGAGAGCCGAUAACUUUUCCAUGUAUACGUCCUUUUUGACGCAGAACCUUAUGAACACGAUGCUCGCAAAUUUGACCAUUGGGGCUCGAUAUACACACUUUGACUCUCCCAUUGCCCCGGGUACUCUCGACGCUCUUCAGCUGGUCAUCUACUUUUGCAUCGGUUGCUCCAUCUUCCCAGGACUGUUUGGGCUUUAUCCAAAUUAUGAGAAACGCCAACAGAUUCGUGGCCUUCAGUACUCGAGUGGAGCGAGAACGAUUCCGGUUUGGGCGGCACAUUUGCUCUUUGACUUUGCCAUCAUUCUGGUUUCGAUGGCUCUCGUCACCAUCAUAUUUGCCACAACUUCAGAUAUUUGGUACCACCCAGGAUACCUGUUCCCUGUAUUCAUGCUCUAUGGUAUGGUGGCAAUUCUCUGGUCAUAUUUCUUCUCGUUGGUGUGCAAGAGUGCGCUGGCGACAUACGCGGCAACUGCUGUUCUUCAGGGUCUCGGAUUCGCCGUGUACAUGAUCUCGUUCCUCUUUAUUCUUACGUUCUCGUCGGCUGCGUCUCUUGACAAGAGUAUCCUCAUCUCUCACUGGGUCAUCGCGAUCAUCUUCCCUACCGGUUCCCUUAUUCGAGCGUUCUUUAUCGCUCUCAAUACAUUCUCCACUACCUGUGAUGGAGAUAAGCUGCAGAGCUAUCCAGGAGCUAUGGUUGCCUACGGCGGGCCAAUCUUGUAUCUUGCCGUACAAGCCAUACUCUUAUUCGGGUUGGUUCUUUGGCUGGAGGUCGGUACUGGCAAGUAUGCUACAGGACAUGCCAAGACCACCGUCGAGGUCGACGAUCCCGAGAUUGCAAACGAGCUGGUCCGUGUUGACAACGCCGGACAAGAUGCUGAGGGUCUUCGGGUCUCACAUCUGACAAAGGCAUUCAAGAAGAAUACUGUUGUGGAUAAUGUCACUUUUGGUAUUGACCACGGUGAAGUCUUCGCCUUGCUUGGGCCCAACGGCGCUGGCAAAUCUACAACCAUCUCUCUAAUUCGCGGCGACUUACAUCCUAGCCGUAAUGGUGGCGAUGUAUUUGUCGAGAAGGCCUCCGUCAUCAAGAACCGAGCACUUGCACGACAAAAUCUCGGCGUCUGCCCGCAAUUCGAUGCCAUUGAUUCCAUGACUGUGGAGGAACACCUGCAGCAUUAUGCUCGCAUUCGAGGAAUUUCCAACGUCGACGAACAAGUUGAUGCCGUGAUUCGCGCAGUUGGACUCGGCGUAUACACCAAGGUCAUGGCUCACACUCUAUCUGGAGGUAACAAGCGGAAACUAUCUCUUGCCAUUGCUCUAACCGGCAACCCAUCCGUUAUUCUUCUAGAUGAGCCCUCAUCAGGACUCGACGCCGCCGCAAAACGAGUCAUGUGGCGAACCCUGGAAACCAUUGUCCCCGGCCGAUCCAUCCUCCUGACAACACAUAGCAUGGAAGAAGCUGACGCGCUUGCCAACCGAGCUGGCAUCAUGGCCAAACGGAUGCUUGCUCUUGGAAAUACCGACACUCUGCGACACCGGUUCGGCGAUACACUUCACGUUCAUCUCGUCAGCAAGACCGCACCACACUCCACCCCCGAAGAAAUGGACUACAUCAGGGGAUGGAUUGCGCAGACAUUCUCGAACGCAGAAAUUGAACAGGAGACAUACCACGGACAGAUGCGGUACUCCAUUCCCUGCUCUGUAAUGCCGCAUGUCAAAUCUUCCGAAAAGGGCGGCAGUUCAACACCAGGCAGUGCCAUUGGACAGCUGCUGGUUAUGCUGGAGGAGAACAAGGAGGCCUUGGGCAUCGCCCAUUACAGCGUCACUCCCACUACGCUUAAUGAAGUCUUCUUGAAUAUUGUGGGUCAACAUGAUAUCUUGGAGGAGGGUUAUAAGGAGGAGAAGAAGCCUUGGUACAAGAAGCGUAUCUCGGACUGGUUCUAG